UGUGUUAUACUACUAGUGAAUUUCCUGAACGUGGACGAUGCCGAUCGAAUGUGGACGACGGUGGAGUGAAACGGUGUUGAUGGAAGGAUUGUAGUGUACUGAAGAAAACUGGCUGGGGUUUAGUUUAGCAGAAGCAUUUGAACAUAAGUGUUAACACACAAAAGGAUGUCGGUUUCGCAAGAUUGUGCAAAUUGGUUAAAUUAAUAAGAAACGGGGAAUCCAUAAAAAGAAUGAGUGAAAAUAUUUAGUGAUUUGCUGAAAAAGUGUGUUUGUUAAUUGUAUAGAUUGACAGAAUAAUUGCGUUGGUUGCAAUACAAUUUCGCAUUGGUUGCAAUAACAAUUAUGUCUUCCCCCGAAGUGGAUAUCGAUGUCAACGUGGUGUCCAGUCCGGAACCGAGCCCUCGUGGAGCCGUAGGUUCAGAAAGCCCACGUGGUCUACACAGCGAUGAUGAACAAAUAUCAUCGCCGGACAGCUCACACCCACACCUCAGUCAUCUGCAUCAUCCGGCGCUUGCCAAUCACCUACAGCACAGUGCAACUAGUCAACAUAACUAUCAUAGUAUAGCCAGUGGCCUAAGUAAUAAUAACAAUAGUUUCUCGCAUAGUCCUGAAUCUCGGCUCAGUCCACCAAAGACGCCGCCGUCGACAGAUCCUCACUUGCAGUCGAGCGGUGGACAGCCAACUUUGGGGAAGACGGCGGCAACACCUGGAUAUACUAGUUUUUCAAUUUCCAGUAUUCUUAGCCGUAAUGAACCCUGUUCGAAGAAAGGUGUGAUAACGCCCAUUCCUUCGUUACCACUGUCCGCCGCAGCGGCAGCUGCAGCAGCAGUUGCAUCGUCGAAUGGAAAUGGCAGUAUCAAUGGUGCCACUAGCCCGCAGGAUGCUGCGAUGUUGUCCAG